UUGAGGCGCCUGCAACGGUGACACUGCCCACGCCGCCGGCUCCUCUGCAUCCUCUCCCAACUAAGGCCUGCCAGCCACGGUGAGCAACCCCAAUCGCCGCCGGCUCCUCUUCCGCCUCUCCCAAGUAAGGUUAUCACCCGCCGCCGGCUCUUACUCCUCCUCGUAUUCAAAGGAAUCCGAUAACGACCGGGAUUGCGCGCCAUAUUUUCCUUCCUCCGCCUUACCUUCUACUUCCGGGAUUCUUGAUUUAUAUAUAUGAUCGGAUCAAUAGCAGCAGCGGCAGUACUGGAUUCGACCUCCGCAGCGCGAACCAAUUUGGAUUUUCUCCGCUGUACACUUGAUAAAUUAUUAAGGAAUAGCAAUAAUAAUAAUCAUCCGGCACCUACAGUCGGAUUAGGACCCCUCCCCUUCGGACUGGGAGGGGCUGCUGCUUCCGGUGCGGCUAUUAUUUAUAGUAGCGGAAUAAGAAGGUGCUAGCGUUGGGUCAUCACCAGGGAGACAAUCGCCUGCAAAGCUGCAACAAUCGUCUUGCGCGAUCACCUGAAGUAUUUCAAAAUAAAAUCACUAAAAGAAGGUCACACAGGCCAGCUCAUUGGAUUUCUCCAUGGAUGCCAACAAGGAUAAUAACAGCCCCAAGAGCCAGAACCAACAACUGGAGGACCAAGAUAGGCUCAGCAGACUGACUGAUGAUAGUCAUCUGCGGCUUCCCGAAAGAUUGGAAGUUGCACAAGCCUCAUUUGAUUUCUCCUUGGAGGCGAAUAAUGAUAUUAACAGUUCCCAGAGCUACAGCCAACAACUGGAGGACGAAGAUGGGCUCAGCACGCUGACUGAUGAUAUUUUACUGUCUAUAUUGGGAAAAGUCAGUUUACGUAUGGCGGUGAGGACAGCUGUGCUUUCUACACGGUGGAGGCAUCUGCCUUGGUUGCUGCCUGAACUCAGCAUCGAUGUGGAGGAUUUCCUAUCUGUUCCAUGCACUGAACCUACUGAGGCAAAUGAUAUGGAGGAAUUAGCUAUGGUGUCUUUGACCAAAGCAACCAGGAGUUUCUUGGCUGAUCAUCAGAGAGAAUCCACCAUCUCAAGUCUGCACCUUAAACUCUACUUAGUCAACACUUCCUUGUGCGAAGUUGGCCCAUUAAUAGGUGGUGCAAUUGACAGUGGUUUGUUGAAAGAUUUGGAUCUGACCAUUCUUGACAAGACAAAUCCUUUAGAUCGUAGUGACGAGGAUAUGCUGCAGCGAGCUCAAGAUAUUGAUACUUUCUUCGGUGCCUACCCUAGUGUGCUCCACUGCCUCAGAAAGCUCUCUAUACAAAAUGCAGGCUUUGACAAAUUGGACAUGCACCAUGUCUUGUUUGACUGCUGCAAGCAACUGAAGCAUCUAAGCCUUUCUUAUUGUGAUACCGGUACGUACUCUGACUUUAAGAUUGAUGCACCAAACUCAAAACUUUGUUUUCUGGAAUUCGACAUGUGUCGCUUUGAGAGACUCGAACUGGUCUGCCUCCCGAAGUUGGAGAAAUUGAUAUGCAGUACUUGGGAAUCUCAUAAUGUCCCGGUGACCUUUGGCUUUGUCCCAUCUCUUGGGGAAUUAGAACUCUCAUUUGGUGCAGCACAUUAUCAAUGUCCGUUUAAAUUAAGUGAGCUUCUACAUGGAACAGCAAGCAUACACACUCUGACAUUGGACUUCCAAGGAGAAAUUGUUUGGUUGCAACCUGAAAUUGAGGAACUCCGCACUGCAUUCAGCAAGCUAAAGAAGCUGUCUGUGUGGGGCAUCUUUGUUGAUUUUGACAUUUUAUGGACGAUUACCUUUCUGGUAGCAGCACCAUCUAUUGAAAAAUUAAAUAUUCAGGUAGCUGAUCAGCAUCCAUGCGAGGCUGGUCUUAGAGGUCGUAUAUACAGGGACAGAGUCACUCCUCAGUGGGAAAUGCGCUUUGAUGGCUCUGAGAACAGGCUGCUGAAAGAGCUAGUAUUCGAUGGAUUUAGGUCACUAGAACAACAGUUUACAUUUAUAAGAUCCAUGUUGGUGCGAUCACCCAACUUACAAAGGAUUAUUCUCAGAGGAGACCUGAUAUGCGAAGAAUGCGAUGCUCUUGAUGCAUCACUUCGUAAUUUGAAAUUUCCAAAGAAGGAGGAGGAAGAAAUGGUGGUUGAGCGGAUAAGAGGUGGCAUAUUCAUGCCAGAGAUAAUCUUCGAUGAAGACUGGUCACUAAUCAUUUGAGAUUUACUUUAUUAUGCCUGCAAAUUUGCACUUGUGUCGACCUUAUGUUGUCGGUGUGUCAAAGAAAGUAAAUCUUUGGAGUAAUUUUUCAUACAGUUGACACAAAGAUCUUAUCGAGCGAUUGUUUUUAUUUUGAGAA